AUGGCCGCCUCGCCUCGCCUGGAUGGAGAGAAGAAGAAGGACGAAGAAAGCGGGCCACCAGCCUAUUUGUGUUGUGUUAUGUUAGUAGGCCGUUUUUACGAUGGUCUGGGAGCAAUGAAUGAGCCCACACGGCCCACUUCCACCUCUCAAUUAUUCGCUCGCUUCCGCCGCCACAGGGUUCAUCAGCAGAAGCUGCUUGCUUGUCUGGUGGUCUCAAGCGCCGCCGCCGCCGCCACCGCCACCGCCACCGCCGUCGCCGCCGCCGUCCUCCUCCUCUACUGCAGAACAGUUGCUGAUUCCCUUGCUGGGCUAGUUUCAUCUCAGAUUUUGCUUCGGGGUUCGACUAAAUUUCGUCGGAUGGACACCCAGCCGGUUCUGGCUCCCGCUAUCGAUGCCAGCGCUAGCGUCAUGUGCCAGCUGCUGAGCCCCGAGGGAGACCCUCUCGGCGCUGCGCUCUAUCUGCCCCAGAACGUCGGGCCCCCGCAGCUCCAGGAGAUUGUCAAUCAGCUCCUCCACAAUGAGGAGAAGCUGCCCUAUGCAUUCUACGUUGGAGACGAGGAGCUCUCUGUCCAGCUGGGCGCUUACAUGCGGCAAAAGAAUGCCAAUGUUGAGGUUACUCUGCGCAUAGUAUGCCAACCACAAGCACUUUUCCGGAUCAGGCCGGUCAACCGAUGCUCUGCCACAAUUGCUGGCCACACGGAAGCUGUAAUUGCUGUUUCUUUUAGCCCUGAUGGAAAGAGUUUGGCGAGCGGUUCAGGUGACACCACUGUUCGCUUUUGGGACCUGAGUACGCAGACUCCAUUGUUCACAUGCAAAGGACACAAAAAUUGGGUUCUCUGCAUUGCGUGGUCACCUGAUGGAAAACAACUUGUUAGUGGAAGCAAGUCAGGAGAACUUAUAUUAUGGGACCCAAAAACUGGAAACCAAUUGGGCACUCCACUUAUGGGACACAGGAAAUGGAUUACUGCUGUAUCAUGGGAGCCAGUUCAUUUACAGUCUCCAUGCCGCCGCUUUGUAAGUGCAAGCAAGGAUGGUGAUGCUCGCAUUUGGGACGUCACCACAAGGAAAUGUGUUAUUUCCCUUACAGGGCACACUAGUUCAGUGACUUGUGUCAAGUGGGGUGGAGAUGGUUUGAUUUAUACUGGUUCUCAAGAUUGUUUAAUCAAAGUAUGGGAAACGUCUCAGGGAAAGUUGGUCAAAACAUUGAAGGGUCACGGGCACUGGGUGAAUUCGCUUGCCUUGAGCACGGAAUAUGUUCUCCGUACUGGAGCAUAUGACCACACUGGCAAAACAUUUUCGACUGCAGAGGAAAUGAAAGAGGCUGCUCUUGCGAGAUACAAGAAGAUGAGGGGUAAUGCUCCAGAGAGACUAGUUUCUGGUUCUGAUGAUUUUACAAUGUUUCUUUGGGAACCAACAAUUAGUAAACAACCUAAAGCUCGCAUGACUGGUCAUCAGAAGCUUGUAAACCAUGUUUACUUUUCCCCUGAUGGGCAAUGGUUGGCAAGUGCAUCCUUUGAUAAAUCUGUCAAGUUGUGGAACGGUAUUACAGGUAAAUUUGUUGCAGCUUUCAGAGGGCACGUUGCAGAUGUCUACCAGAUCAGCUGGUCUGCCGACAGUAGGCUUCUACUUAGCGGAAGCAAGGAUUCCACUCUAAAGAUUUGGGAUAUUCGAACACACAAGUUGAAAAUGGACCUGCCGGGCCACGCGGAUGAGGUGUACACCGUUGAUUGGAGUCCGGACGGUGAAAAGGUGGCGUCUGGUGGCAAGGAUCGGGUCCUCAAGCUAUGGAUGAACUGA